AUGAAUUCCCAAGCGGACUUGCUACGUGAGGCACGUGAGAGACUCGAGGCGGGUGUGGCCUGCGGGUCGCCUGAGCAAGAACUCAAGCCCCUGGUGUAUAGAAUGAACCAUGCCAAUGAUCAGUAUAAGAUCGCAGCCAAGCACGUUAAGGUGCAUGCGGCACCACCGAAACCGAAAGGUGCUGCCAAAACCGCACCGAAGGCGUCCGCCAAAGGCGGAAAGAAAAAGUGA